CUGCAGGGCCGGAAGUCGGAGCCUGCGGUGCCGGGAGGCGGCAGUGGCGGCGGCGGCGGCGGCGGGAGGAGGGAGGAGGAGGGGCCGGGGCCGAACUCGGGCCCGAGCUGUCCGCGGGCCGCCAUGGCGACAGGCGCCGACGUGCGCGACAUUCUGGAGUUGGGUGGGCCCGAGGGCGAUGCGCCGGGGCCCAUCAGCAAGAAGGACAUCAUCAACCCAGACAAGAAAAAGUCCAAGAAGUCAUCAGAGACGCUGACGUUCAAGAGGCCAGAGGGCAUGCACCGAGAGGUCUACGCUUUGCUCUACUCGGACAAAAAGGAUGCACCCCCUCUGCUGCCCAGCGAUACCACUCAAGGAUACCGCACGGUGAAGGCCAAGCUAGGAUCCAAGAAAGUUCGACCCUGGAAGUGGAUGCCUUUUACUAAUCCUGCCCGCAAAGAUGGGGCCAUGUUCUAUCACUGGCGGCGUGCAGCUGAGGAAGGCAAGGACUAUCCCUUUGCCAGGUUCAAUAAGGCUGUCCAGGUGCCUGUCUAUUCAGAGCAGGAGUACCAGCUCUACCUGCAUGAUGAUGCCUGGACCAAGGCAGAGACUGACCACCUCUUCGACCUGAGCCGUCGCUUUGACCUGCGCUUCGUGGUCAUCCAUGAUCGCUAUGACCACCAGCAGUUUAAGAAACGGUCAGUGGAGGACCUGAAGGAGCGUUACUACCACAUCUGUGCCAGGCUGGCCAAUGUCCGGGCUGUGCCAGGCACUGACCUCAAGGUGCCCGUCUUUGAUGCUGGGCACGAACGGCGGAGGAAGGAGCAGUUGGAGCGGCUCUACAACCGCACCCCCGAGCAGGUGGCAGAGGAGGAGUACCUGGUUCAGGAGCUACGCAAGAUUGAGGCGCGCAAGAAGGAACGGGAGAAGCGCAGCCAGGACCUGCAGAAGCUCAUCACAGCCGCCGAUACCACGGCGGAGCAGCGGCGCACUGAGCGCAAGGCUCCCAAGAAGAAGUUGCCACAGAAGAAGGAGACGGAGAAGCCGGCUGUCCCAGAGACAGCUGGCAUCAAGUUUCCGGACUUCAAGUCUGCUGGUGUCACCCUUCGUAGUCAGAGGAUGAAGCUUCCAAGCUCUGUGGGGCAGAAGAAGAUCAAGGCCUUGGAGCAGAUGCUUCUGGAGCUCGGAGUGGAGCUGAGCCCCACCCCCACGGAGGAGCUGGUCCAGAUGUUCAACGAGCUCCGCAGUGACCUGGUGCUGCUGUACGAGUUGAAGCAGGCCUGCGCCAACUGCGAGUACGAGCUGCAGAUGCUGCGACACCGCCACGAGGCCCUGGCCCGGGUGGGGCCCCUGGGGGCCGCACCCCCACCCCCUCCCAGCACCGAGCCGCCGCCCCUGCCCGGCGAGGGACCCGGCCCCGACCUGGCCAAGGACGCCAUUAUUGACGUCGUGGGGGCGCCCCUCACGCCCAACUCGAGGAAGCGGAGGGAAUCGGCCUCCAGUUCGUCCUCAGUGAAAAAGGCCAAGAAACCCUGAAGUGACGAGGUCUGAGCUGGGUGCGUGCUGUCUGGGCAGUGCCCGGGCGGGCAGACAUGGACUGCUGUUUGGGGGGGCUGGGCAAAUAGAGCAGCUGCUGGUGCUCUCUUCUGGGGGCUGGGUGGGCUUGCCCCCCCACCCCUCCCAGUGCUUGCCACCCCCCCACCCGGCCCCCCAGGGCUUCACAGGGCCUCCACAUAAUCCCCCAGACUUUUAUUCUCUGUGGCACAUUCACAGCGGGUGGGGUUGACAGACACAAUGAUGGGGAGGGGGGGAGGAGGGGGAGGGGCUACGGUCCUGGAGCCCAGGUGGGGACAACCACACGCCAUGCACUAUGGGGAGGGUGGGGCACUGGGCUCAGGCCCCACCCCUUCAACGGAGCGUCCUGUGCCAGAGGUCUGACCCCCCCAGGACCCCCAGGGGACGGCCUAAUACUGGGACUAGAGACACACCCACCCCGGGAAGGAGCCCAGGCUGCCCCUGGCCCCCGCCGGGGCUCAGGACCCCUCCCCUCCAGCUGUCCAGCCCCAGGGCCCCCCCACAAUGGAGGUGGGCAGGCGGGCAGGCCGGUGGGCAGGUAAUGAGACCAGACUAGGGGGGUGGGAAGGGAGUUCACUCUCCUCGCCUCCAGAUGCCCUGGGCAGGGGGCUGGGGACCGGGGACAGGCAGGGGGCUGGCUGGGGGGGUCUGUGGCGAGAGCCGACUCCCCCUCCGUUGGCCGAUCAAAAGGGCUUGGACGUUUGCUUGAAGAUGAAGCCUCGGUGUGCCAGCGUCUUCAUGAUGUUGGCGAUAUUCUUGCAGUCAUCUGUGGAGGAGGGGAGGGUGUCAGCGGCCGUCCAGUCCAGGGGCUCUGGCCACUCACUGGCCAGCGCCCCUGGGCGGUCGUUCCCCCUCAGCUGGGGGGGGUCUCUAGGUCCUGAGCUUCUGAUUGUCUCCAUUAAAUUGAGUCAGAACA